GUCUUUCCUUCUGGAAAGAGUGGUUAGCAACGCUGGUGUUCCCUCCGACCACCCAAGAAAUGUUACAAGCGUGCGAGUGCGAGACGGAACAAAUAAGGCCGGUAAAAGAAAGCAAUAAGAGUCCGUCUCUUCCCCCUCGUUUCCCCCAACCCCAAGUCCCGGCCAAGCUCGCCCUUCGAGGGUUUCAAUCCCCCUCGAAAUCUACCAGUUCCCGUCUUUCCUCCUCUUCGAUUCUUCUGUCUCCUCUCUCGGUUCCCCCCAAUCCCGCUUUCCUUCCCUUGCUCCCUAUCCAGAUCGCUCUUCUGCGAUAUAUCGGCCGAGUUUCUGAGAGGAAUCAGGGCGGAUUGGGCGAGGGAUUUGGGUUGGGGUUGGUGGGGCGCAAAUGGGAAAAGGUUCGAAGACCGUAUGUCGGUCGGCGUCCCACCAGCUCUUCAAAGACAAGGCCAAGAACCGGGUGGAUGACCUUCAGGGGAUGUUCAGCGACCUCCAGUCCGCCCAGAUGCUCCGCGAGUGGAAGGCCGAGUUUAACGAGUCCUCUCCGCUUCCUCUUUCCUCGUUGCCGGGGAAUACUCAUGUCUCCUCAGAACUUCCGUCAGAAACCCUCCGGCUGUUGCAGCUUAGUGAGGAGGAGGAUGAUGCUACAAGCAAGCUCGCUCUGCCAGCUCCUGGGAAGGCAAAGGCCGAGCCUUUAGAUGUGCCCUCAGAACUUCCGUCAGAAACCCUCCGGCUGUUGCAGCUUAGUGAGGAGGAGGAUGAUGCUACGAGCAAGCUCGCUCUGCCAGCUCCUGGGAAGGCAAAGGCCGAGCCUUUAGAUGUGCCCGAGCCUUAUGUUGAAGAAAUUCAAGGUGGAGAAACUGCUGUCUUUCAAGAGGAUUAUUAUGUGAAUCAGGAACUAACAGAACAUGAAUUUCUUUACGGCGAACGAUACAAAAGCAACCUUCACGCUGGAACAGACCAUGCCAUCAUAAAUUGCUUGGACAGGACUGCUCAUUUGGAUUACCAACAGUUCAGUCUGCACCAAGAACUGCACCAUAAUGUGUAUCUUAAUACCAAUAGUAGUGAGCAAAAUGGUGAGGAUGUGUUACCCCAUAUGUCAGACUUGCUGCCAACAAUAUGUCCUCCACCAUCUGCAUUUUUAGGGCCAAAAUGUGCACUCUGGGACUGUCCUCGGCCUGCUCAGGGAUCAGAGUGGUGUCAAGAUUAUUGCAGCAGCUUUCAUGCUACAUUGGCACUGAAUGAAGGUCCUCCAGGCAUGGCACCUGUGCUACGUCCUGGUGGUGUCGAUCUAAAAGAUAGUCCACUUUUUGCAGCUCUUUGUGCAAAGACACAAGGAAAAAAUGUUGGUAUCCUAGUAUGUGAAGGAGCUGCAACUGCAAAGUCUCCAUGGAAUGUUCCAGAGCUUUUUGAUCUGUCUGUUCUUGAGGGUGAAUCAAUUAGAGAAUGGCUCUUUUUUGACAAGCCAAGAAGGGCUUUUGAGAGUGGGAAUCGAAAGCAGAGGUCACUGCCAGAUUACAGUGGCCGUGGUUGGCAUGAAUCUAGGAAGCAGGUUAUGAAGGAAUGUGGAGGCUCAAAAAGGUCCUACUACAUGGAUCCACAACCGCUAACCCACUUUGAGUGGCAUCUCUAUGAGUAUGAGAUCAGCAAUUGUGAUGAUCUCGCUUUAUAUAAGCUAGAAUUCAAGUUUGUUGAUGCAAAGAAAAGUUCCAGAGCAAAAUUGACAGGCACUUCACUUGUUGAUCUGCAGCGGCAGAUGGGAAGGCUCAAUGCAGAGAAUUCUGUGGAUAACAAGAAAAAUACCAAGAGUAGGACAAAAGCUAAUCAGAAAGGCAUUGCUGAAAGUAUGUAUUCAAGUCCACACAUAGCUAAUCAGAAGGAGAAUGUGCUAAACUUCUAUCAUGCUUCCGAUCAGAUGGUGUCUUUAAAUGAGAACUCAGCUUAUGGACCUAGUUUCCAAUAUGUGUAUUCUGUUGAAAAGGACUGUUAUGGAACAUAGACAAGGAGAGAAACAUUAGGCAGUCAGGGACCGUCCCAUAAUGAUGGUUUAUGAACUGAUUUUUAAAUUUCUCCAAAAGAAAUAUAUUGGCUGUGACUUUAUGACAAAUAUUCCCUGCUCAGGUUUCGGUCUUUUUAUAGCAUCAUGUCAACUGUAUUAACUUUAUACAUGGUGUCAGCAUGUGCAGGAGACCAUUUGGCAGCCGGGCAUCUAAGCUCUUGAAUGCUAGAACAUGACAGUGAUCAUGAGUUGUAACUAA